UUCAAUCGAAAGAAUACAAAAAUACCAUUCUAUUUUCAUGGUAUCAAAGCUAGGGUUUCUAAAUCUUAGUUAGCAAUGGCCGACAGCGCCGUCAGCAACAGAGGGUCGUGCUCCUUUGAGACUCUCGAUGGUGACUCUGAUGCCACCUCCAACAUGGGGUCUCUCGGAUUGGGUCCAAUGGUGGCAUCACGGCGACUCAGAGAACUCCAAUCGUAGCGGGCGAACAAGAUCUGCGUCGAUUGCUCGCAGAAGAACCCGCAAUGGGUGUUGGUAUCGUACGGCGUCUUCAUGUGUCUCGAGUGCUUUGCUAAGCACCGCGACCUCGUUGCUCACAACAGCUUCGUCCAAUCGGUGACAAUGGACUCCUGGUCGGAGAUCCAUCUCAAGAAGAUGGGCACUAACAGCAAAGCCGAAGCGGCGAGAGCUCACAAGAGCGCCACAGAGGCCGACCACAAGGACCACAAGGCUCACGAGAAGGAAGAGCAGUAUUGGCACGACGCCGCGGGCACCAAGUCCCGCGCCGCCAAGAAGCACAAGGAGGAUGCUGAGAAGCGCACCGAGGCCGCUGCACGCAAGGCCAAGGCUCGCUGCCUAGCCAAGCAGGAAGAGAAAAGCCUCGAGAAGUCGUUGAAGAAGCCAAAUAAGAAGGCCAGCCACGUCUCCAUCCCCAUUCCCAAGUCACCGAGGCAGAGCCUUUUAUUGAUUGGAAAAUGUUGAGGCAAGGCCUACCUAGUUCGGCGGACUAGACCUCAUGACUUCGUUUUCAACAAACAUUUUUUCGGGUUCUUUAGCCUAAAGAGGUAAUUUUUUGCAAGCCUUGAAUAUAACCUCUAAAUCCAAAACUCCUUGGAUUAUUGAUU